AUGGAGAUACAUGGCGCAUUUGAAAGGGCAUAUUGGGAAAGGCCUGACGUUAAAGCUAAAUCUAAGCAACAGCGGAAGAAUAGGAUGAGUGAGGUGGCAGGACCCGGUACUGGAUGUUCCCGACAUACCGGAGGAUCUAGAUCUGCUAUUGAGCACUAUCACAAAUUGCGAGAAGAACUUCAAAAGGAGCCUAAUCUAUUUGAGUGCUUUGAGCAUAUGCACAAAAAGAAUAACGGUGCAUUUGUUGAUGAAAGGUCAAAGAAAAUUGCUGAAGAAAUACAAGCACGACAUGAUGCUGCAACGCAAGAGGUGGAAGGGUCAACUGAGCCACCAGUUAUAAACAUGUCACAAAUGUAUGUGGAUGUUGUUGGUGGGGUAAAAAAGCAGCGUAUUUAUGUCUUAGGAACCAAGGCAUCCUCAUUUAUCAAUGACAAUAGUUGUAGUUCAUCUGCUACUUCACAAUUUCAUCAAGAUACAAUGAAAGAGAUGUUAGAUACCAUGCGAGUUGAGAUGGAGGCUCAGAUGGAGGCUAAAUUAGAAGCUGAAAGAACUCAAAUGCAGGCUAAACUACAAGCUGAAAGAACUGAAAUGCAGACUCAAAUGCAAGCUCAGAUUGCAAGUUUGAUGGAUGAGUUGCGUCGCAACGGCAUCAUACCCACCACUUCUACGCCACAACCUCCAACUACUGAAGGACAUUCUGUUAAUUCAAAUGACGAAGACUUGGGAGAUGAUUAG